AUGUCUAACAACAAUAUAAACAACACUAUUUAUGAUAUUUCCACCAUUCAACAAGUCUUGAUCAACUUGUCUUUGGAAGAAAUCAAGAUGCUUCCUUUGAAUUCAACAAUAUUAGUAAAAGCUAUUUUUGGAGAGACUAAAAAAUGCCACCGUGCUAACCAAUAUAUAACAAACUGCCAAUUACGUCUUGCCCAGAAAGAUACGAAGGCAUGCUCUUGUACAGCUGCCUUAAAAAUCAUACAGCAUCUCGACAACCCCAAUGUUGUUACAUUUUGCCAAACAAAGGCACAUGUAAACCAUGUUCCUGGAGACUGGGACGAAGUCAGAACUCUUUCUUUGCCUUCUGAAGCCAUAAAGAUUAUUGAAGAUCAGUUGAAAAGUGGCAGCAGCUGUAGAAGUACAAGAAUUUCAGUUCUUAAACAGAUUGAUAGUUGGGGAGUUGGCGUUAGAAAGCCUAAUUAUGAAGAAAUUUACAACAGAAUGAGAAAGAUGACUACUUUGUUAUAUAUGUUUGCUUCUGGUGAAAAUGCAUCUAUUUCCAUCUGGUUAAAUGUAAAGUUAGCAGAACAAAACUAUUGCAUUUUUGAAAUCAAUCUUUCUGUUUAUAAUGAUGGAAAGGGAUUCCCUGUUGCAUAUAUGGUGACAAACGACCAGACAGCCAUACCCAUCAAACUUUGGCUUGACCACCUUCGCAUCAAGAGCAGCUUCAUACCAAUGAAUAUCACUAUUGACUGUAGCAUUAUGAAGGUUAAUGCAAUCAAAGAAGCAUUACCUCAUGCUACAAUUCACUACUGUGAUUUUCAUGUUCUUUGCACUUGGCAGUACAACCUUGACAGCAAAAUUAAACUUAAUGUCUCUUAUACAUCAGAACAACUUGGGAAUUAUAAGACUGCACUGAAGAACUACCUGAGACACAUUCUCAUUGUGUCUAAUGAAGAUGUGUUCCUAAGAGAAAUUGAAGAUUUUAAACUGAUGGUUCAGGAUCAACCUCAGUUUUUGAAAUAUUUUGAGAAGAAAUGGACGAGAAUGAAGAAUUGUUGCGAAGAUGGGGGCGCCCAUAUGUUAGCCAACAACAUCAGAGAUAUAAGAUUGGAUCGACUGAUUUUUAUUUUGACAAAUGAUGUGAAGUUCUAUUUUGAGCAAGAGGUUGAGCAUAUUCACUUCAACAAUGGUAAGAUGGGUCUCAUUGAUAAUGAGUUAGCAAGAAAUUCUUUUGUUGCUUCAAAAAUCCAAAAUGACAUGCUCCCUUCCAUGAGUCUCAACCCUUUGGGUAAGUCUGGUAACAGCAUAGAUGAUUAUAAUGGUGAGUGGCAAAUAAGAUCUUUUGUAACAGAAGAUAAGUGGUAUAACAUCAAUAUAUCAAAUGCCUUGAUACAAAGCUGCACCUGCCCAAAUUUUCUGACCUGCCAGAUCCCAUGCAAGCAUUCACAUUUGUUGAAGUGUUACUGUGGGACAAAAUUCAGCUUCAUUGAGCAACGGGAGAUAGCAAGAGUGAACGAAGUUGAGAAAGAAGUAGAGGAGAAAUUAGAGAGUGGAGGUACUGCUGAAGAUAGAAAUAUAUAUGUCUUUGAUGAAAUUGCAAAUUAUUUUGCAAUAAUGCAUCACGGCUUUGAAGAUCUUCAAACUUUGAAGACAAUAUCUGGCUUAGAUCAAACAAAGGCAGAUCUUAUAAAAAGAGUACUCGCAGAUGCUGUGAGGUUGGUGGAUGAAUAUAGAGGUGAGAACCCUUCAUAUUUUAGAAACUUGAAUACUCAGAGAUAA